GCAACUGCAGUUUUACGGCGCCGGCGAACAAAAGAGGUUUUGCUUUUACCCCAAACACCGCAAAAAGAGAAGUUACCAAUUCCAGUGAAAAUGUUGACCAGCGUCUUUUGCAUGCGGCUAAGCACCUACGGUGUGGUUAUUGGAUGGUUGGGGGCAAUAUUCUCCUUUUUGGCCACGAUCCUUUUGGCAGUGGGCCUGGGAUUUGUCGAUGAAAUUGCGCAGCAGAUCGUUGAGUCCGGGAAAAAUCCCGAUAUGUCUGUCAGCGAGGUUCGAUCAGUACUCAUCAUAUUCUUCAGUGUCUACCUGGCGCUGAAGGUGAUCAAUUUGUUGGCAUCGGUCAUGUUGGUCGUGGGAACGGUUAAGGAACGUCACCUGCUUCUGCUUCCUUGGCUGAUCAACAACGGAGUGCUCCUGGCCUUUGGAAUUAUCGCCAAUAUUAGCCUGUGGGCCCAGAUCAUCGAAUCCUCGAUGCCCUUCAUGAGUGCCCUGCCAGCUAUCUUGCUCUCUGUGUUCAUGCUGGUGCUCGGCUGGUAUCUGUACUAUGGAAUCUACUCGCUCUUCAAACAGAUCCAGGGCUCCAGUGAGAUGCAGCGCCCUCUGAUCCCGCCGCCAACCCAGCAGGCUAACACCUAUCCCAGCUACACCAAGAUAUAAGCAGGCACACCAGUCCUCUUAAACGAACUUUGUCUGCAUCACAUACCUUUCGAAUGUUUUUAUUGGAAGUUCCUUAAUACUAGUAACACCAAAAUUAGCUAUUAUCUUGUAAUUUCGAUGCAGCUAAGUACGAUAUUUGUAUGUGCAUCUAAUUCUUGUGGGUUUUGAGACCAUAACGUCAUUUCACUUACUUCCAUAUACAUAUAUUAACAUUAACUCUUCAGUGUUUUUAUCUAUUCGAAUGAAAUUGCCGAUUGGCUCCGAAAAUAUAUUUUAUAUACACACAUGUAAAGAAUUUA